AGUCUUCUGCGUGACUUUUUGCCAAAAACAUUACUCGCGAAAAACCGUCACUGGAGCUUUUGUCACUCUCUCACCAUCCCUCUGAUGGUACUCUUGCAUCUCGGAAACUAGUGUCAUCCAAUUCCUCUGAGAGAGACUUUCCCUCAAGUGAAUUUCCAUGCCAAUAUUUCAGUGCUGUGUUCUGUGAAUUUUCCCUGCCCUUUUGUGACCCACAGAGGUGGUCUAAUUUUAGCAUGAGUCCACUUCAUGUUCUUGCAUUCCCAAGGCGACCACAGUGAACAAAAGCUUCGUGCAAUGAAAGUAUGAAGACAUCCAGCCAUGGUGUAUCAGACGACAAUCUCACUCAAUUCUCCGCUGAUUCACUGGAAUUCUGAACUCUUGAUCCGUCGUGACUUGCGAAGCCUUCACUCUGAGAGAUGUGGUCGUCUUCGACUCUGUGCUGCUGUCGUGAUCUUCUUCGUCCUCAUCUAUUCCUCCUACUACCUGGGUACCUCAACAGACCCACAGAUGAUUGUCCACAUUCCUCCAGAUGACAACAUCUCCGGAUACCCAGCUCACGUUGCUGUUUUGUCUCGAGUUGCUAAUUCUUCACCUUUGCCGCCAGUGCCCACGGGGUAUCUGGUUUAUGGACCAGGAUGCCAAAUGCCGAAUCUGGAUCCCCUAGCUCCGGAUGUCAUGAAGCUAUUUCAUCGCGAAAAAGAACAGGAAUGCUCCACAAAGUCUCCUCUUACGCGUAUUGACAUGAUUGGGAGUAGAAAUGCUAGUCUAGUCGUAGAUAAGGAUCUUUUGCACAAGUAUGACAUCUACGAUACUCCCCAUUGCUGCUACCGGGAGAUUCGACGCUCAACCAAAGAAGAACACGCUGAUUCUGCCAUAGUUCUGUCCAAUUGCACCCAUUUCCAGUACUCAACAAUCCUGCCAGAUAAUUCUGAAUUUAUCUACGUAAACUGCAGUUCCAAAGGCGGGAAGGAAAAAUACCGGAAUGUCCAUUAUAUCAUGAGGGAAAAACAUGAUGUUCUUGAACGUUUCGAGAGGUUCAAAGUCAAGUUCGAGAAGAAACGACCUCUAAGUGUCCUUAUGAUGGGUAUUGACAGCAUUUCCAGGCUCAAUCUAAUCCGGGCAAUGCCAAAUACAGCUCAACAUAUUUACAAUUCAGGCUGGUUUGAACUCAAGGGGUACAAUAAGAUCGACGAUAACACGUAUCCGAACCUGAUGGCCAUUCUGACAGGAUUCAAUUCUUCCCUGUCCUACAGUAUCUGCGAUCCAGUCCAUGUAGCCAAAUUGGAUUCAUGCCCAAUGGUCUGGUACUCAUUCAGAGCUUCAGGAUACGUCACAGGCUAUGCCGAAGAUGAGGCUGAAAUAAGUACAUUCAACUUCAAUAAAAAAGGGUUCCUAAAACCUCCAACAGACUACUACUUAAGACCCCUGAUGCUGGCAGCUGAGAAGCACCUUCCUAUAAAGUACAAGAGUUCCCUCAAAUUCUGCCUAGGCUACCAACAUUCCGCUGACUACAUCUACAACUACGCCUUGGACUUUGCUGAGCUGUACAAAGAUAGGGCGUUUUUUGGCCUUUUCUGGGCUAAUACUUUCAGUCACAAUGACAUUAGCGAUCCCUCAAGUAUGGACCACAAGAUUAAAUACUACCUGAAUGAGCUCGAUAGCAGAGGCAUCCUUAAUACCAGCGCUGUGAUCCUUUUCUCAGAUCAUGGUCUGAGGUUCGGACCCGUGAGAAAACUGUUAACGGGAUGGCUGGAGGAGAGACUGCCAUUUAUGUUUGUCUGGUUGCCAAAGUGGUUUCAGGAUGAGAAUCCUGAGAUCGUACAGACACUAAGGAUCAACAGAAACCGCCUUACAAAUCCCUAUGAUAUUCAUGUAACACUUCAUCAUGUUCUAGCGCUGACGGCUCUACCAGAAGAGGAGCACAUUACAUCAGCCAUUUUACCUCAAGCUACUAGCUGCCCAUCUUGCCAGAGCGUCUUUGACGAGGUUCCUUGGAACAGAUCCUGCACAGACUCAGCCAUUGAGGCUCACUGGUGCACCUGCAUCCCCUACAAGACUACGAGUAGAAGCUCUCCGAUCGUGAAGGAGGCUGUGAAAUUCAUCAUAACAUUCAUGAAAGGUGAGAUUGAUGACUACAUGAACAGCACAAAGGCCACCCACAAAAUGUGCUCGGAUCUCCAUCUCAAGCGUAUUGCCAUUGCCCGAAAGGCUGAGUACAGGGAUAUACCUAAUCCGCACGAUGACUAUCUUCUGGUUUUUGAGACAAAUCCAGGAGGGGGAGAAUUUGAGUCUACUGUGUCCUAUUUCCUGACCGACAAGACAUUCCAAAUGACCGGCUCUGUGAGUCGUCUCAACAGCUACGCCAGCCAAAGUGGUUGCAUGCCAAAGAGUUACCUGAAGAAAUUCUGCUUCUGCCUCAAGACCUAGGAUGUGAAGUUGGGAAUGGAGAAGCAGUUUUCACUGACAAUAACUCCAAGGUGAGUCCUUUACUCGUACUCACGAUUAUGACGAGGUAUAGGCAAGAGUUGAACUUUUGAGGAGAAUGGAGGACGAUGAGAUAUUUACAUAACAUAUUUCUUAAAAACUGUGAUUCCUAGAAACGUAGUUUCAACAUUUAAGUCUCUCUACAGACACCAACAGAAGGUUAAGGACAUGCAAUUUGCUUAAUUAAUUUUUCCUUCCUCCAUGACCAUUUUUAUUAUUCCUUUUCAAUGUUGACUCGGAGAAGCUUUACCAGUAAAUAUUCUAAACUGGAAUUGGUCCAAGAAUUGAGCAAAUGUUUUCUGUGAUCCUUCGCACAAAAUUUAAUGUUUUUGUGUUUUAUAUGUUAUCCUUAAUCAGCACAAAAAAGUAUUUAAUUUUGAAUUACCUGAAUUGUGGCUUACAAAGCUUUCCAAAGGAAAUAAAUAACUUCAAUCUCAAAGUUAAUUAAUAUUUAUUUAUAAAUAAUUAUUAAAGAAAAGAAUAAAUAAAAUGUCUCUUUUCAAAAUCUUAAUAAACAGAUUAGAGUGUGUCACAAAAAUCACUGAAAAGAAAAAUGAAAAUGAUAUUCCUAACUUUAGAUUAAAAAAUCUUUAAAAAUAUUUUUAGGAAUUACUUAAACUACAAGAGAAUGUUACUUAAGAUAUUAAGAAAUAUUGAUGAAAAGUAAAAAUUAGGGAAUAUUUCGAGAUAGGGAAAAGAAUUAUAUUAUUCACAAAUACUAAGAAAAAGGAAAAA